CUCGCCUGCCGCCUCUCUGUCGCCUUCUUCUGGCUCUCUGGAGUUUAGCCUCUGCCUCCAUUUAGGCAACUUAUUGGUGGUAUUAACCGACCAGCGCUUAUCGAGUCUGGUUUUGAGGAAAGCGGUCUCGGAGAAUUCGUUUCCGUGAGCGAGAACUGAGAAGAGUGUCUACGGAGCGCAGCCCCAUCUCCGCCGUCACUCAGUGACAUUGACACAUUGUUGUGCUGCCGCGCACAAGUUCAUGUGUGUACACUAACGCUGAGCUCCGGAGCGCUUUCCCCCGCAUUUCCCUUAGCUUCAGCUACAAUGAGCGAAUACUUCAGCCUGUCGGACUGUGAUGUGAUCGGCUUCGACCUGGACCACACGCUCUGCCGCUACCAUCUGAAGGAGACCUCCAGGCUCAUCUACGAGAGCUUUGCCAGGUAUCUGGUGGAACAUAAAGGCUAUGACAAGGACCUGCUGAACCUAACCCCUGCCACCUGGGAUUUCUGUUUUAAAGGACUAGUGGUGGAUCUGGAGGAUGGAAACCUCCUGAAGCUGGCUGAAGAUGGAACUGUCCUGCGAGCGACACAUGGAACCAAUGACCUCAGCACAGAAGAGAUCAUCAAACAUUAUGGUCCUAAAAGGGAGUGGAAGCACUUCAACAGCCUCAAUACCUCCUUCACAAGAUCUGCAAAUUACUAUUUCUAUGACAACUACUUUGAUCUACCCGGGGCUCUGCUCUGUGGAAGAGUUGUGGAUAUGUUGCAUAAGCGAGGAAAUGAGGUCAAUUCUGACUUUUGGAAAGACAUGCUUGCCGCCAUCGACCACAAUUACAACACAUCUGCAUUCAAAGAGGAUGCAGGGACUUACUUCCCCAGUGUGAAGAGGGACCCAGGCCGGUACCUGCAGCCCUGCUCUGACUCGGUCAAGACCUGGCUGCACAGCAUGAAGAAUGCAGGGAAGGUCCUCCUCCUCAUCACCAGCUCCCACAGUGACUACUGCAGGCUCAUCUGUGAGCACAUUCUGGGGAAGGAUUUCGAGGAGCUUUUUGACGUCAUCAUCACAAACGCCCUGAAGCCUGGUUUCUUCUCUCUGGUGCCCCACCAGAGGCCCUUCAGGACCCUGGUGAACGACGUGGAGGAGGGGGAGGGGCUACCUUCGCUGGACAAACCGGGCUGGUACUCCCAGGGAAACUGGCCGCACCUCCACGAGCUGCUCAAGACCAUGACGGGGAAACCAGAGCCCAAGGUGGUGUAUUUUGGAGAUAGCAUGAGGUCAGACAUGUUCCCUGCCAGCAGCUUUGGGAAGUGGGAAACAGUGAUGAUAGUGGAGGAAAUGGAGGGGGAGGGUAUCCCGAAGAGCGACGCAGCAAUGUCCAAUGAGGCCCAAGUGGAGCCGCUGGAGAAAAAGGGAAAGUUUGAGGAGCAGGGCAUGAAGUCACCCUCUGCCGUGUCCAACCAGUGGGGCUCUUACUUUGUGGACGUACAUAGAGGUGGAGGAGGGGACGAGGAGAGCCAGAAACUGACCUGGUGCUGCCACUGCAUUCACAAAUACAGCACCAUGGCCAUCCCCAGUGUGGAGCACAUAGCAGAUCUCCCUCUGGAUUACAAGUUCCCCAGGUUUUCUCCCGACAAGCCCUGCACCACCGGCUACUACCCCAGGCCCCCGGAUUCUUUGUUGAAGAGGUGUGAGAGUCUGUCAUAAAAAAAAAAAAAAUAUAUGAAUAAAAAAAAUAAAUUAAAAAAAAAAGGGAAAAAGUCUGAUUAAAAAGAAAAGUUUAAAAAAAAAAAAGGAGUUGUCCCUUACCCCUCUGCCUCAGGAGAGGAAUGUGCCUCCAUUUUUGCCUGUAGUUUCCCACCUGACACCCCCAACCCCCAGUCCCAGCCGCCAUCUGUGGAGCACAGGAAGCAUCCACUCCUCAUCCAUCCAGAGAAACCAUGUGAAUGUAAGCCACAGUAUCUCUCUGUAAUAACGCCUACAUCUGAACGUUGUUUCGUGGUUUAGUGUACCGUAUACGUGGACUAAAGACAAAAAUAAGUGUGCGUGUCUGCAUACCGUAAGAAUAAUAACAAUAAUAAUAAAGAGCUGUAGUGUUUUUUUUUUUGUUUUAUUGGUUAAUGUGUGAAGCCCCCUGUUAUUCUCCCUUCGGUGGGUUGUUUUCAAAAUCCGAAUUCUUCAGAACUUUUCCCGAAAUAACGUGAACAGUUUACCACCUUCUUCUUCUCCCUGAAGUGAUUACCUCAAGAGCGUCGUCUACUGUAAGAACCGGCAGAACCCCGAUGGUCACAGUGCGUUUGUCCCUAAAAAUCCUUUGGAAUCAUCGUGGCAGUAUUUCUGUAUAACACUGUUAUUGUGAAGUCUUCUUCUUCUUU